GUAGGGCAAUACGCAUGCGUUACACUGACAUUGAAGCGGCGCGUGCGUCUCUCACUUUGACUCCUGCAGCUUGUUACGCACUAUAGCGGCUUGAAUUACUACAGAGCACAGUCUGAAGUUUGGGAUCUGUGACAGACUCAGGUUGGAAAGCAAUGGUUUCUGGGAAGCAGCUGGCUGACUUUGGCUACCGGGCCUUCUCGGGCUCCAUGAUGCUCCUGACUGUGUACGCCGGCUACCUGUGCACCAUGCGUGCUUACCGAUUCUUCGAGAGGAAGAAGGAACUGAAGCUGGCAGCGGAGAACCAGUCUGAGAGCAGCAUGAGCGACUGAGACGCCAUUCUGAUUUUUGGGGGGGGGGAUCGGGGGGACUUGAGAAGAAAAAUAUAUUUUUGUAUAACAAAUAAUGGGUGCCGGUAGCGCUAGGGAAGUAUGUCCUUGUUUGUGGUGUGGCUGACUGGCUUUUUGGGGGGUGGGGGGGCU